GACAGAGUAAACAUCUAAUCAAAAAAUGGCAGGCGUUAUUUAGUUUUGAAAUGUAGACUUUUCUGACAUUUAAUUAUUUAAACUUAUUUAUUCCUAAAUAUGUUGAACCAAGUCUCUGUGGAAGCUGUUUAUUCAGCUACUUACGUAGAAAAUUAUUUGGACUGUGUAGAAAAUCUCCCUGAUGAGGUUCAACGUCUGAUUUCAAGAAUGAGAGAAUUGGAUGUUAUUUAUUUAGCUAGACUAAGGGAAGUGGCCCUUCAAACAGAAAAUAUAGGCAAUGACAAUCAUGCAAAAAAAGCAAAAAGUUUUUUAAGGAUGCAACAAUCCUUAAUAGCAGCCCAAGAAUUAGGAGAUGAAAAAAUGAGUCUCCUUCAGGCAAUUUUGGAUAAAAUAGAAAUUAAAACUAGGUUAUUAGACCAGGAUCUAAAAAAUUUAGAUUUUGGUAAAGAAGAACAGACACAAAUUGAGAUAAAGGAACAACAAUCUCCCCUAGUUAACACCCCUAUCAACAAUAAUAAUGGUAACAACACCAGCACUAACAAUAAUAACAGCAAUUCUGUGAAUAAUGAUAGACCUGCCAAGCGUGCUAGAAGAACAAGGCAUGAUACCUAUACAGGUGCAGAAAGUAAUGAUGCCAUACCAGUAGAGCAUGUUCUUAGGAGCCAAGUCCCAGCUACCACCCCCACCAAUACUGUUCAGCAGAAGAAAACAUCUACAAGUAAAAAGAAAAAACGCAAAUCCCGUCAAAAUACCCAAAUACAAAAAGAAGAAACCCCACCAAGAGAUGAAGAACCAGUCAUUGAUCCAGAUGAACCCACGUAUUGUCUCUGUGAUCAAAUUUCUUAUGGAGAGAUGAUAAUGUGUGAUAAUGAUCUAUGUCCUAUUGAAUGGUUUCAUUUUUCGUGUGUAACAUUAUCUACAAAGCCUAAAGGCAAGUGGUACUGUCCAAAAUGCCGAGGUGAUCGACCCAACGUUAUGAAGCCUAAGGCUCAGUUCUUGAGGGAGUUGGAAAAGUACAAUAAAGAGAAGGAAGAGAAGACGUAAUAUUAAGAAAAUAUUUAGGGAAAGGUGUUAUUUAGCUGCAAGUUCAGAUCAUAGAGAUAUGUGUUAAAAUGAGAAAUUUGGCCUUAAGAACUAAACAAAAUUUAAAUAAACCCAUUUUUAUUUUAUUUUUAAUUUUAAUUGUGUAAAAUUAAUGGGUAAGUUUAAAAAAUAUUUUUUAUUAAAAUUUAUGACGAUAAGGUUAUUCCUUUUAAACUUAACAACAAGAACAUUUCCUCAGUGAAGAUUUAUUUUAAUUGUAUUUUUUAUUGAAUUAUUAUACAUUUUUAUAUGCACUGAAAUACUAAUAAAUAUGUGGGAUAUAUGUUCAUAAUGCAUUCAUGUCUCGUUGAAAUUCAAUCUAUGUUUAGACAAAAAUGUUAAAUGUUUAUAUCAUCUUCUGUACAACUCCGUUGUGUUUAUAUUCUCUUUUGUUUUGCUUUUUCAUUCUGGCUGUCUAAAAUAAAAAAUUUAGGCUUUAAUUUAAAAGUUGAAAAGUUAAAGUUAAAAAUUUAAUUUUUAAUUCAUUAAAAUUUUUUUAUAAAAGUAAUUUACUUUUUGUUUAAGCACAGUUUUAAACUAUAUCGUGUCAUUUAUAAUAGAAUCAAAAUUAACAUCAUUUAUCAGCACUUAUAGUACUGUGCAACUACAACAUUUUGAACAAUAUUCCAUAAGGAAAUGAUUAAAUGCACUAUUGUGUAUUAACAUUAAUAAGAGAUAUAUAAAAUUUGUUAAAAAAUUAAGAAAUUUGUCGUUACGAAGAACUUAACACGCGCCUUUAAAUGAAGUAUUACUUGCCAUUUAAAAUUGUCUUAGAAAAUGUCACCAGUCCACCAUUUUCAAUAACUAUGUUACGUGACCGUUUCUGUUGGGUUGCGGAGCGAUUCCGACUAUGGAAUCGCUAACUAUGGAUUCCAACGACAUCUCUUUGAUGGGUGUCGGUUAGUGGUUAUGGUCCUUAUUUUGUAUUAGUUAGUUUGCGGAUGAUGUUAUUUCUUGCGCUUGCUUUUUUGAACCGAAGCUUCUAUUACUGGCGUUGUAUUACUUUUUCUCUAUAGUAAAAUGCCGAGGCAGGCGUCGCAGAACUAGCGUCAUGGAAUACCGGUCUUCACAUCGAUUCACUGCUCUCCAUCAAUUCAUUUCUAGUCAUUAUAUAUUUAUUCUAAGCAGGUUUAAAUUAAAAAUUUCAUGGAAAAUAAACAAAAUGCAGACAUUUAAUGAAGAGCAGAUACACUUUCGUCCGGAAUAUCGUAAUGAGUUCAGUUUUACCUUAAAUUUUUACCUGAAGAAAUAACACUUUCGUCCCAGUCAAAUAUUUUUUCAUAUACACUUUCGUCCAGAGUUCCGAGGGGAUCAAUCCCAUAAUUUAAAAAAAAGUUGUCUUACUGCGUUAUAAAAUUUAUUAUCUUAGAUUAGUGAAUUUCAUUAACAACUUACACAACAAUAUAAAUAGCAAAAUAAUAAUAAACUUACUUAAAAACUAAAAUAAUGGGAUGUAUAUUUAACAUAUUCCAGCCUAGUAAUAGUUUUUUCAUUAAAAUUUUCUAUUUUACUUUUCAAAAAUUUCUCACGAGGUACAGUUUUGUUAUUUGGUCUGUUACAUUUAUGAAUACUUUGAAUUCUAAUGUAGAUCUCAUUUUGAUAUUGAUUGAUAGCCUCUAAAAACACGAAUAAUUAUUCGGAUGGUAUGUAUUAAAGGAUUUAUGUAAAUGUGAAUGGAAAUAUUCACAUGCAUUGGUUGUUCUCGUAGUUUCUGAUGAUUUUGCAGCCCAGAGUAUCGGUGGAAAUGUUGAGUAUUCAUCAACAUAUGUCUCAACUAAAUAAUCAACAAAAGCAUUUAGUUCGACACUCUCGGGUAUAAUUUCGAUUAGAUCAAAAACUAAACAAUCACCGACUUCUUGGUGAUCUAGAAAAAGAAGACCAAAGCAAUGACCAAUCCAUUUUCCCACUUCAGUUCUGUUUUUGUAAUCAUUUGUUAAGCCAAGUUCUUGAAUUUUACGCCACCAAGACUGCGAAAGAUGGAAUCUACAUCCGAUUAUUUUAGAUUGACCCCAAACUGAUUUAACAGCCUUAUGAAUUGAUUUUUCAAAAUCAAUGACAAUAUCUUUUGGAAGAAAGUUUAAAGUUAGCUCUGAACAUUUGGUCCUUAUCAAAUUGAAACAUGUUUCAUAUGUAGAUGAUAAUUUAUCUGGCAAUAAACAAAAUACUAGUGGAAUGUAGUGGCCAUUGUAGUAUCCAUGAAUUGUAAACAUUUGAUAAUAGAAUUUUGGGCAAUAUUUAAAUGUACCAUCCAUAUAUAUUCUAGAACACUUACAUAAAUGUCUGAGAUUUGUCUCACAAAAUAUAAUAGUUAAUUUUGCACUCUUAUCAUUUACCAAUAAAAAGUUUUCAUUUCUAGACGUGAUGAUAUGGUUCUCUAAUUUUUCCAAUGAUUCCAGUACUUCUUCUAACGUUUUUGGUAUAACUGGGAGUAAUUUUCUUCUUACAUUAUAAAUACUUCGUUUCACUGAUUUCAAAUUCAUAAUAGUUAAAUUGGUAUUUUCUUCUUCACUUAAAACGCGAUGUAAAAUUUUCCUGGGUUGAGUACUUAUAUCUUCUGCAGCUUUACGCUUAGCUGCUACUCUUACAAACUGUUGUUGAAUGCAGUUGGCAUCCAGACUUUCAUGAGAAUGAUUUAAGUUUUGUCUAGAAAUUACUACAUCAUCCUCAAUUGUGUAGACGGCAGCGUUACAACCUUUGGUACGACAAUCUCCAGCGUGAUUUCCACUUUUUAACUUUUCGGCAAAAUUGAAUUUAUAGUUAUUCACGAUUAAAAGAGGAGCACCUCUUUUCGUUGCACUUUUUUUCACCACCAUACGUUUGUCGAAAUUCUCCAUAACGUUUCAAGAAUAAAUAAUUUUCAUAACAUAAUUCAAGACUAUAGCACUAUAAACACUUUGAGAAUAUUUUCACAAAUGAAUAAACUCUGAAGAUUCCUACAUAUUUAUAUAUUUAAUAUUAAUUGCUUCUUCGAAAAGCAUUGUAUGUAAUAUCUCUUUAACUACCUUGGCAUAAACAGAAUUACAGAGAAUAUAUUUUGUCAAUGGCUGGUUCACUAAUUACAUAAUCCUUUUUCGUAAAUGUAUUACCGAGAACCAAAUACAAUUUCACAGAAAAUCCU